CCUCAGCCGGCUCCACAGCCACCGCCUCUAUAACUAGAGCAGGACAAGACCUACCUCUGCAGACUGCAGAGCACAACUAUAGGAGGAGAGGACAGAACUACUAGGAGCUGUAGGGAGAGAACGGACUCACAGAGAAAUACACACAUUCAUCAGGAAGCAGCAACACCUGGAGCACAGCUCUGCUCUGAGACCAACUCUAAACAACCCGCUCACUGGAUCACUUUACGCUUUGGCUUUUAUUUCCAGUUGAGACUAUUUUGGGAAACAAAGAGUUGAGAAAACAGAUUUGGUCCAAGAUGUUGUGGUCGAGGAGAACGGUACACCAGUGGUGCUUUGCUGUGUUCUUACUGGGUUUCCCUGCUCCUCACUACGGACGGCCAAUCGAUGGGCUCGACAACAGGAUGAAGCGCUCGGUGACCCACGCCCAGCUGAUGCAUGAUAAGGGCCGGACGCUGCAGGAUUUCAAGCGUCGCAUGUGGCUCCAAGAGCUGCUGCACGAGGUCCAUACGGCUGAGAUCAGGGAGCUGCCCGCCCGCCCGGUGGUCAGCAGCGGAGCCGGGGUGGGGCUGGGACUACCGGUAGCCGGGGUAGGGGUCAGCCUGGGAUUGGGCACAACGGGGGGUACCCUGCACCUCCACCCCAAACCUCCAGGGGGCACCAAGAACCUUCCCAUCAACUUCCAUAUGGAGGAGGAGGGAACCAACCUGCCGCAGGAGACCAACAAGUCUCAAACAUACAAAGACAAAGACGGGGCGCGGAAGCCCAAGGAGGGGAAGAAAAAGAAAGGGAGGAAUGGGAAGAGGAGGGAGGGGGAGAGGAGGGACGGGGGGGAGAGGAGGGACGGGGGGGAGAAGAGGAAGAGGCGGGCGCGCUCACUGGGCUGGGCGCAGGAAGGGGAGGAGCCUGGGAUUGGGUACCACCUGGAGUUGAGAGGGCCUUUCUUCGGCCUGACAGGGGCGCUGCACUAGAACACUGUCACACUCUGACUAAGAAAACCCCUAAGGACAUUCAGAUGGACACCCAGACUCUCCUGUCGCAGGGGUUCUGUGAUAGUGAUUGUUUGGAAAGUAAAAAAAAUAAGGAAAUAUUUAUUUUCUGUAAAUACGUACCAGACUAUAGGGAUAAUGACGAAGACAAUAAAAAAUGACAGAUGCUCGCUCUCCGUGGAGCAACAUAAUUUAAUAAUUGUGAAAUCCUUCCUAUCGUUCUGUUCUGUUCUGUUUUGUUAGGACUAUGCCAAUUAUUAUUAAUGUCAGAUUUUGCUGUAAUUUAUUUUGUUUGAACGGUGUAUUUAUUUUGUAAAUGUAUCGAGGUGCUGCUGACCAUCUAUAUUUUUGUACCAUAAUGCACUUUUAGAUAUAUAAAUAUAUAUAUAUAUAUAUAUAUACAAGUCAUUUUGUUAAUUGACUUUUUGUGGUUGAUUGAAAAUGAAGAAAACAUUGUUGGUCCUCCGUGUUAACUAGGCUCCUUCUCUGCAUGGUUCUAUAAUGAUCACAUGACUCGUCUCUCCGCUCUGACUGGCCCACAGACGUCUAAUCUAGCUGUUGACCAGGGAGGGGCGUGUUCAAUAGGCACACUAUGGAAAAUGUUUCAAAAUGUUUUACAAAAAAAAAAAAACGGAAAACAAAAAAAAUGAGCGUUUCUUGUUGGACGUAAGUCCAGCUAGUCCGUCCCCGUUCUAGAUGAGUCUCUUCAGUUCGAUACCUAGUGAACACGACCCAGGACGACCCACGCAGCUGUCCUCAACCCCUGAACCUCUAACCUCUGUACAUUGUGCUUCAACCCCCCCCCCUCCGUCUUCAUCAGUUGGUCCACUGGGAACCAUCUUGUCUUUCUCCUGUUAUGCUUCUGAAUGCUGUCCUAAGUUCAAAGUUCACUCGGGCCUGUACAUAACCUGAACACAAUGCAACAACUUCCUGUCGUUGUUUGGCAGUUGCACUGAGAGACCCUGUAUUGAAUGGAUUAAACA